UUUAUCACUCAUAAAUCAACAACCAAUAUCACCCUUGUUCAUUUUCUUUGGAUAAUAAAUAGAGUAAAUACAAUUUAAUAGCCAAAUCUUUCGUUUUAAACAAAAUAAUAGUCAAACCUUUCGAAAAAUAAAAUAAUAGCCAAUCUGUUAACUUUUCAUCCGAUUGACCGUCAGUUGACCCUGAUGUGGCAUUUAAUUGCAGAGUUGGAUGUUGAUUAGUGACGUGGCAAAAAAACCAUUUUACUGUGACACAUGGAUAUUUAUUAAAUUAUUUUGACAAAACAAAUAAACAAAAGUAACCUCCAGCAUCUCGUCGCUAUCUCCACUUCCCUCAAAUCCAAUCGCCAAGUCCAUUCUUCUUGUUCGAUCAUCUUCCCCAAUCCCUAAACAGCUAAACCUCAAUUCGCUAUCUCCUCUUUCUAGCUCGAUCUGAUCGUCGCACGAUCUUUCUAAUCUGCCGACUUCUAUCCUUGGCUUUGAAAAGGACCUCUCCUUCAUAGCGAGCUCCUCCUUUCUCCUCGCCGUCAAAUCUUCAAUGGCCCUUUCCCAAAACGCAACCAACGGCACUGCACCGUCACUGCCUCCUGGGGAAAUUGGGGUUCGUACAUCGGCUUUUAACUAAGACGGCGACAGGGUCAGAGGCGAUGGAGAUCAAGCGGUGAGGUUUCUCUUGGAUGAUUGAGGUGGGAUUUCAAUCCCCUGCACCAACGCCCACCUCCAUUUUCCCUCUCUCUUCACUCAUAUUCCAAUGCUGCUCAGUGAAGCCGCCUACUGGCUUUGUGAGGUGUCGAUGCCCUCUCGUCCAGUCUUGGAAAUUUGGGAAUCGAAUCUAGGGGGAUUGAUUUCGAACUCGUCGUCUUCUUCUGGAGAAGCUUCUUCUCAUGGUGUCUGAAUUCCCUGACUAUGGGUGCAGACACUAGAUCAUGUGACAUCUCCCCCUGUCCCAAUUUCUCUCUUUCUUCUUCGAGCCAUCAGGGGAAUUUGAAUCGUCACCGCCUCCUUAACCCAUCUCCGCCUUCCUCGAACAUCAUCUAUCAUCUCGUCAUCUGGGAAAUAAAAUCCCAUCGUCGCCGACCUCGCCACGGCUGUCGGUGGUACGAAAAGGGGAGAAUCAAGCGAGGGACAAAGCUUGGACGAGCAGGGGACCAAGCCCCGCAACACGCGCGACCCCGAUGUGGAUCUUCGAGAAGAAGCCUAUUCCGUCGCCUUCUCUGGUCAAGCCAGAUCUGGGAGAAUCGCCGCUUUGCCCCAGGGAUUUCAUACUCGGCGACAGAAAGAAACUCUAGGAUAGUCGUCGCCCGAAUCUAAUGGAGAUUGGAGUAAUGGAUAGGUGCGGGGAGUCGGAUGGAGGAAUAGGGGAUCUUGAAGAGAGAGGGUUUGGUUGUUAUUUUAUUUUGUUAAAUUAAUUAUUAUAUGAAUUAAUAAAUAUCCACAUGGCAUAGUCAAAUGGUUGGCUCUUUGCCACAUCACCCUAAAACUGCCACAUCAGAGUCAGCUGAUGGUCAAUCGGAAAGUUAACAGUUUAGUUAAUAGUUACUAUUUUGUUUUUUAAUAGAUUUGACUAUUAUUUUGCUUAAAAGAAAAUAUGUGACUAUUAUAUUUUAUUUACCCUAAAAAAUAUUGGUUUUGGAUAAUGGUGCAACAAAGUAACAUGAUUACCGAUUGGAUUGUCAUUGCACGCCUAGCUUUUAUGUUUUGUUUUCACAUGAUUAGAUGAUUUGCAAUAUUCCUCAUCCUUUCUACACACACCAAUCCCUUUUGUUUUCUAGGUUCUGGUGGGGAUUUACUAUUUGCCAUUACCUUUUUCUGUUGUAAAUGCCUCUCUCUUAGAACACUGUUUUAUCUUUAUUCGAAUGAUUGCAUCCUCUCUUGUUCCUCCAUCUGUCAAGGCGUGCCCCGGCCCCCUCUCCACAUUCAUUCUUCACCAUCCUUCUCCCCUCAGUUCCCCCCACCAAUAGAAGUCAAUAAAACUGCCAUUUCGUUACAAGAUUGGGGCAACGAAAUAGUAAAUUCCCAUUACUGGAGAGGUUUUGUAUUAUAAUUUACAAAAUCACUAUUAUUAAUAUUAGUGCUGUGAAGACCGAAUCGCAAUGUUCCGUAUUCGAGUUGUUGGGAGAAAGUUAAUUAUAGAUCUUAUACAUUAUUUUACAUGCUUCCUCAAAUGAAAGUCCACUCGUGAGCUUGAAGUUUGCAUAGAUCUAUCAUACCAUGUGCUUAAGUCAACUGUUAGUAUUGUAGGUCUUAGAGUUUCAAACACACGACCACUUGUUUAAACCAGCUCCGUUACCGUGUCAUAAACCAGUUGGUCCCAAUAACUCAGGUAGUUGGGACCAACUGAAUUAUGACAUGGUAUUAUAGUCUUCUGUUAUCGAGAGGUGUUUGGUUCAAAUCCUGGUAACCUCCACUAGUAAGUUAGCGCAUGGUGUCUGUGCAAAUUUUAAGCAUAUAUGAAUGACUUUGAGGGAAUAUAUUAGUGAGUGGUAUAUAAUGUAUGAUUUAAAGUCUAAACUGGAAACUGAACCUCAAUAAAGUUGCAUCCGUAUAUUUAACCGAUGGGAGUUGCUGGCUUUUUUUUCUUCUUCUUAUUAACUUCUCAUGAAGGGACAAUUCCAUUAUCCAUUAGCAAUGGCCCCUCGAUCGUUAUCCUGUUUUACAAUAUGUAAUGUCACCACUAGUACUCCACUUACCUUUAAGAUACCUUUUAGAUUUCAUCAUUACUGCUUUUACCCACAAUAUGGGAGAGCUGUGAUGAUAGAAUAGAACAAAACCCUACCUGUGGCGGGCCUUAACCUCCAUUAUUAACUUAAUUGUCUGAUGCGUAGAUACUGAGGGUCUUGACUUGGGCACAGUUUAGCUUUCAUGAUAAAAAGCAGUUCAACUGGACCUGGCAAUCGGGUUGGGUGAUUUUGGGUUGGGGACUUUUGUUACGGGUCGAGUCAUAUUUGGUUGACUGAUUUCGAAUCCAAUAUUGACCCAACUCACUCGGUUUCGGGUCGGGUCACUACAAGAAAAACUGCCUUCCGUGACCACUAUAAUUUGUCGCUGAAAGUGCAAAAUUGGUUGCAGAUACUUUUCUACGACCAAAUAAUUUUGGUAGCAGAAAUGGUCGCUAUAGGCGCGUUACCAAUUCCUAUGGUGACCAAAAAGGAGAUUGGUAGCGGAUAGAAUGGCUAUUGCAACCAAUAUUAUCAAUGGUAAAAAUCUGGAAUAUAUAGUUACCAACUUUUUUUGGUUGUAAUAGUUCCGACUACAACCAAUUUAUUUGGUUACAAAUUUUACUUUUAGUUACCAAUUUUAUUUUUAGUUACCAAUCCUUUUGGUAGUGAACGUAUAUACACAACGAACAAUUAUGGUCAUGAAAGAUACAUACGCCGACCAAUUAAAUCAUUAAAGACGACCAUUUUCAUGGUUAUGAAAGUUUAACACAACCAUAAAAUUUGGUCGUAAAAAACAUAUAUGUCAACCAAUUUUGUCAUAUUAAAGAGUUUAAGGCAACUAUAGAAUUUGGUCAUGAAAUGUACAUACACCAACCAAUAAAAACCGUUAAAAUGACUAAUAUUUUUGGUUGCCAACAUUUAUCACAACCACCAAAUUUGGUCUUAAAGUUCAUAUCCUAACCAAUUAAUUAAUUAUUUUAUACGCCCAGUAUUGUUUCGAUGCUCAAUGGUAUUGAAAAUGUGUCCUGUUCAAACUUGAGCUAAUUAAUAGAUAAAAACGGUAGAAACUAUUAUUCCAUACAAAUAUAAUUUUGCAUCUCAUAUAUAUAACAUAGAGUGAGGAUUAGCAGUAACAGAACAUCUCAAAAAGAACAAUCUCUAAGUGUCUAAUUUCACAUAGAUAUUAGAUACCUUCAUAACCCAAUCCAUAAUUCUACAACUGUUCACUUCUUCUUCUUCUUGUUAACCUUCCAGCUUUCAGCUCACUUCUUCCACAUUGGAUUCCCAGAUUCAUCAUUCACUUCUGCAGCAUUUCAAAGUAUAAAAUAUAAAAGUAAUUAGGUGACAGUUCAUUAACAAAGAUUGAAAAUAGGAAAAUAAGAGAAAUAGUAACGAUGUGCUAGCAUGAGUCCUAACUUCCCGAUCCUGACUACAAAAAAGACACAGUAAUCUUGUCUCAUUUUCAAUGACUUCAAUUCAAGUCCCAACUUUAAAGAGCAUCAGCAACUUAGAAUAAGAACAUAGAACAAAUUGAUACCUUUAUCUGGUGCCAUAAAAUAAAAUAAAAAGAUUCCCCUGCAACAACGAGGGAAGUAAAUGGUAUAACAGGGGAGGGAGGAAAAGGGUAACUAAAACUUAACUAACUGAGGGAGUUCAGCGAAAUCAAAAUCAAAAUCAGGUUGAACUGUAGCUAAUGAAGCUCAGGGUGCAGUGUGAUGGUAAGUAAAAUUGCAGAAGGCAUUGCAGGUUCACUUUGAAACCUCUUCGCUGCAACAUGGACAACGAAAUAGCUAUAUUCCAUCAUCCUAGGAGUCGAAGAAUUCGCAUAACUAGCUUUAUGAGAGCAAAAUGCCAAAAUCAAAACACUUGAACUAAUAAAGUUUAUCUAUGGUAUCAUGAGAUUCUCUAAAUCUACUUCCGAGAACAUUCCAACUAAUUGAAGUAAUCUAGACACAACGUUCUAUCAUCAAUUACCAUCAUCAAAUUUAAACCAAAUUCUACACGAAGACUAAACAGAACUGGCAUGCAUAAAGUAGCUUCAGUAAUCAAUGCAGUCAAAAUCUAGAUUUUAAGUAAAAUCGAAAACUGAGGUAGAAUCGAAAUCGUAGAUUAAAAUCGUAAAAUCGUAAGAUUUUAAGUUUCAUAUUAAAAUAAAUACUUAAAACACUAGAUAGUAAUAAAAAUGCAUAUCUUGAAUAACAAUCAACCACAUAAAGCAUAAUUACUUCCCAAGAUAAGUUUGUUUGCUAAACAAACACAACUAAUCCAUAUAUUUUUCUUGUACAUAAUGGAAACACACAAAUAAGAAACCUGAAACAUU